AUGACCCGGAGACUCGUCCGGACGGGCAUCCAGCUCCUAGUCUUUGCUUCCGUCUUCAUCUUCGUCCUCCUCUUCAUAGACCGACGGUAUACGGUACUACCAGCAUCAAUACAUAGCCACCUACCUGCGCACCACCCUGGCCUUGUUAUCACGGACAUUACAGUUGAGUCUUGCUCAGGCCUGAACCUAAUCUCGAGUUGUCGUCUGGACCCGGACCGAUGGCAUCGCAUCGAGAAAGACCUGUACCUCAAGAAAGGAUGGUUACCCACGAAAGCUUUCGUUCAUAUUCGAAGGAGUAGGGAAGAGGAUCUGACAGAGGAUGAUAAGGUUGUGAUAGAUGUCAAGGUGGGCCGAACAAACCCUACACUAGGCGACAAAGAGGAAAGUAGUGCUCAGUGGGAGUUGAGGCCUGGUCAGAUCUGGCUCAAGCGGUCGGUUAAGAAGCAUGAGUCCGACUCUAAAAGAGCCGUGACAGCCGUUGACGUGCUCUUUGGUACCGAUGCCGUUGAACCUCGACCUGGCUGGGAAAUAAAAGAUAUUCCAAUAGCGAUGGACGGUAUAACGGCCGGACUAGAGCCUAAACUGAGCAUACGACGAGGGAAGCCACAUAAGAUGGAGCCAGCACAACCACGCAUUCGCAAAGAUGGCAAGUUCAAGAUUUUGCAAGUCUCCGAUCUCCAUCUCAGCACUGGUGUAGGUGCCUGCAGAGAGCCAGAACCGGCUGGUUACCACGGAGGCAAGUGUGAAGCUGAUCCCAGGACGUUGGAAUUUGUGGGAAAGAUGCUGGACGAUGAAAAGCCUGACAUGGUGGUCUUUUCUGGAGACCAAGUAAACGGCGACACUGCUCCAGAUUCACAGACCGCCAUAUUCAAAUUUGCUGAACUUGUUAUCAAGCGCCAAAUACCUUAUGCAACAAUCUAUGGAAACCACGACGAUGAAGGAUCACUCAACCGCGCUUCUAUGAUGGCUCUCACCGAAACGCUACCGUACUCGGUCAGCGAGGCUGGUCCUAGUGAUAUUGAUGGUGUUGGCAACUACUAUGUCGAGGUCCUAGUACAUGGCAGCGGAAGACACUCUGCACUGACACUUUACUUCGUUGACUCACAUGGCUAUUCACCGGACGAGCGCAAUUUUGAAGGCUACGAUUGGAUCAAACCAAAUCAGAUUUCAUGGUUCAAAGACACUGCUACUGCACUGUCGAAGUCUGAAACGCACACGCACUAUACGCAUAUUCAUCUAGACAUGGCUUUUAUCCACAUUCCGCUGCCUGAGUAUAUUGAUCCGGAGAACGAGGUAGUUGGCAUGGUCAGAGAAGGGGUCACUGCACCCGCAUUCAACUCGCAUUUCAAGAAUGCCCUGGUUGAACAGGGUAUCAGUGUGUUGAGUUGUGGCCAUGAUCACGCUAACGAAUACUGCGCCAUAUCUCAUGAUCAGGAGCGUAACCCGCAACUUUGGAUGUGUUACGCCGGUGGCAGUGGAUUCGGAGGAUAUGGUGGAUACGAUGGAUACAUCCGCCGCGUUCGAGUGUUUGAGAUUGAUACUGCUGAUGCUCGUAUCACGACAUGGAAGCGCGUGGAGUAUCCUACAGGCUCAGAAGAACGCAUCGACGAGCAAACAAUUGUGAAUGCAGGGAAAGCAGUGCAUCAGUAA